UGGAGGGAGGGAGACAGGGAGGGAGGGAGACAGACAGAGGGAGGAAGGUUGGGAUAAGAAAAGAAGCGUGUUUAUUGUCUACUAACCUCUGUGUUGAAUAGCACUGUGUUUGGUUCCUUGUUAUUUUGACCUCGCUCUCAUCAGCCAUGUGCUUGUGCAGAAGCAUGGAACGUGUGUGUGUGGUGUGUGUGUGGUGGGCAGUUGGAGAGGGGUGGUGUAGAUACAGCAGCAGAAGGGCAUCAUUACUGUUACUGAGAGAUAGAGAGUACAGUACACAAGAGGAUGAGAGCUCAAUCAAGCAUGGUAUAUACACACACACACACACACACACACACACACACACACACACACACACACACACACACACUGGACUGUAGUGUGAGCCUAACCCCUUGCCAUCUCAAUCAGAGGACAGCGUUUGUAACUGCAGAGUGGAGAUCACUGAGGCAAGACAACCACAUCAACUAACACUGGUGACACACACACACACACACACACACACACACACACACACACACAUUAAUUUCCAUCCGCACAGACGGGGCUUGCACCAUGUUAAUGCUCAUCAGUCUCAUCACAGACGGGGCUUGCACCAUGUUAAUGCUCAUCAGUCUCAUCACAGACGGGGCUUGCACCAUGUUAAUGCUCAUCAGUCUCAUCACAGACGGGGCUUGCACCAUGUUAAUGCUCAUCAGUCUCAUCACAGACGGGGCUUGCACCAUGUUAAUGAUCAUCAGUCUCAUCACAGACGGGGCUUGCACCAUGUUAAUGCUCAUCAGUCUCAUCACAGACGGGGCUUGCACCAUGUUAAUGCUCAUCAGUCUCAUCACAGACGGGGCUUGCACCAUGUUAAUGCUCAUCAGUCUCAUCACAGACGGGGCUUGCACCAUGUUAAUGCUCAUCUGUCUCAUCACAGACGGGGCUUGCACCAUGUUAAUGCUCAUCAGUCUCAUCACAGACGGGGCUUGCACCAUGUUAAUGCUCAUCAGUCUCAUCACAGACGGGGCUUGCACCAUGUUAAUGCUCAUCAGUCUCAUCACAGACGGGGCUUGCACCAUGUUAAUGCUCAUCAGUCUCAUCACAGACUGUCCCUGUAUUUUGUGCUGAAGUAGGUGCGUGUGUUUGCCUGUAUUGUCCCAGCAUGUGGUUGAUUUGAUAUAGGAUUUUCCGUCCAUCAAUAACCCCUCAGUAGGUUAACAAACAGCGACACAUCACUCUGAAUAACAAUGGAGGCAAUGAUCCUGAUAUGAAUAUCAACACAUUAACAUUCCCUGUAGAGAUCUGCGUGUUGGAGGUGAGUCUGGGUUAUUUUGGCUGAGUGGUAAAGAUACUGCAUCUCGCCACACAUCUUAACUGUAUCAGAGUCUGACUACACAUUGAACUUUACAGGCUCCUGACAUCACACUGUCUCUGGUCCCACAGGCUCCCACAGGCUCCCACAUCACACUGUCUCUGCUCCCACAGGCUCCCACAUCACACUGUCUCUGCUCCCACAGGCUCCCACAGGCUCCCACAUCACACUGUCUCUGCUCCCACAGGCUCCCACAGGCUCCCACAUCACACUGUCUCUGCUCCCACAGGCUCCCACAUCACACUGUCUCUGCUCCCACAGGCUCCCACAGUCUCCCACAUCACACUGUCUCUGGUCCCACAGGUUCCCGCAUCACACUGUCUCUGGUCCCACAGGUUCCCACAUCACACUGUCUCUGCUCCCACAGGCUCCCACAUCCCACUGUCUCUGGUCCCACAGGCUCCCACAUCACACUGUCUCUGGUCCCACAGGCUCCCACAGGCUCCCACAUCACACUGUCUCUGGUCCCACAGGUUCCCACAUCACACUGUCUCUGGUCCCACAGGCUCCCACAGGCUCCCACAUCACACAGUCUCUCGUCCCACAGACUCCCACAUCCCACUGUCUCUGGUCCCACAGGCUCCCACAUCACACUGUCUCUGGUCCCACAGGCUCCCACAGGCUCCCACAUCACACUGUCUCUUGUCCCACAGGCUCCCACAUCACACUGUCUCUGGUCCCACAGGCUCCCACAGGCUCCCACAUCACACUGUCUCUGGUCCCACAGGCUCCCACAUCACACUGUCUCUUGUCCCACAGGCUCCCACAUCACACUGUCUCUGGUCCCACAGGCUCCCACAGGCUCCCACAUCACACUGUCUCUGGUCCCACAGGCUCCCACAUCACACUGUCUCUUGUCCCACAGGCUCCCACAGGCUCCCACAUCACACUGUCUCUGGUCCCACAGGCUCCCACAGGCUCCCACAUCACACUGUCUCUGGUCCCACAGGCUCCCACAUUACACUGUCUCUGGUCCCACAGGCUCCCACAGGCUCCCACAUCACACUGUCUCUGGUCCCACAGGCUCCCACAUCACACUGUCUCUUGUCCCACAGGCUCCCACAUCACACUGUCUCUGGUCCCACAGGCUCCCACAGGCUCCCACAUCACACUGUCUCUGGUCCCACAGGCUCCCACAUCACACUGUCUCUUGUCCCACAGGCUCCCACAUCACACUGUCUCUGGUCCCACAGGCUCCCACAGGCUCCCACAUCACACUGUCUCUGGUCCCACAGGCUCCCACAUCACACUGUCUCUUGUCCCACAGGCUCCCACAGGCUCCCACAUCACACUGUCUCUGGUCCCACAGGCUCCCACAGGCUCCCACAUCACACUGUCUCUGGUCCCACAGGCUCCCACAGGCUCCCACAUCACACUGUCUCUGGUCCCACAGGCUCCCACAUCACACUGUCUCUUGUCCCACAGGCUCCCACAUCACACUGUCUCUGGUCCCACAGGCUCCCACAUCACACUGUUUCUGGUCCCACAGGCUCCCACAUCACACUGUCUCUGGUCCCACAGGCUCCCACAUCACACUGUCUCUGGUCCCACAGGCUCCCACAGGCUCCCACAUCACACUGUCUCUGGUCCCACAGGCUCCCACAUCACACUGUCUCUGGUCCCACAGGCUCCCACAGGCUCCCACAUCACACUGUCUCUGGUCCCACAGGCUCCCACAUCACACUGUCUCUGGUCCCACAGGCUCCCACAGGCUCCCACAUCACACUGUCUCUGGUCCCACAGGUUCAUGCAUCCCACAUCACACACUGAUGUUAUCAGGUGCUAGACUAGCAUGAUAUGGCUGUAUAAUAGUGAUCAGAAUACUGAUACUAGCUCUGUCAGACUGGUGGAGUAUGGAGCUUUGAGGACCCCCCAGGCGAGGGUUUAAAUAGUGUCCUCUCUCUCUCCUCCUGUCUGAAUGCCAUUCACCUUCUGCAGUACACACUGACUGUGUAUGCUACUUCAUGUUCCUUUCAGAUCCUACUUCAUGUUCCUUUCAGAUCCUACUUCAUGUUCCUUUCAGAUCCUACUUCAUGUUCCUUUCAGAUUCUACUUCAUGUUCCUUUCAGAUGCUGCUUCAUGUUCCUUUCAGAUGCUACUUCAUGUUCCUUUCAGAUCCUACUUCAUGUUCCUUUCAGAUGCUGCUUCAUGUUCCUUUCAGAUCCUACUUCAUGUUCCUUUCAGAUGCUGCUUCAUGUUUCUUUCAGAUGCUGCUUCAUGUUCCUUUCAGAUCCUACUUCAUGUUCCUUUCAGAUGCUGCUUCAUGUUCCUUUCAGAUGCUGCUUCAUGUUUCUUUCAGAUGCUGCUUCAUGUUCCUUUCAGAUCCUACUUCAUGUUCCUUUCAGAUGCUGCUUCAUGUUCCUUUCAGAUGCUGCUUCAUAUUCCUUUCAGAUGCUGCUUCAUGUUCCUUUCAGGUGUUACUUCAUGUUCCUUUCAGAUGCUGCUUCAUGUUCCUUUCAGAUUCUACUUCAUGUUCCUUUCAGAUCCUACUUCAUGUUCCUUUCAGAUCCUACUUCAUGUUCCUUUCAGAUGCUGCUUCAUGUUCCUUUCAAAUGCUGCUUCAUGUUCCUUUCAGAUGCUGCUUCAUGUUCCUUUCAGAUGCUGCUUCAUGUUCCUUUCAGAUGCUGCUUCAUGUUCCUUUCAGAUGCUGCUUCAUGUUCCUUUCAGGUGUUACUUCAUGUUCCUUUCAGAUGCUGCUUCAUGUUCCUUUCAGAUGCUGCUUCAUGUUCCUUUCAGAUGCUGCUUCAUGUUCCUUUCAGAUGCUGCUUCAUGUUCCUUUCAGAUGCUGCUUCAUGUUCCUUUCAGAUGCUGCUUCAUGUUCCUUUCAGAUUCUACUUCAUGUUCCUUUCAGAUCCUACUUCAUGUUCCUUUCAGAUGCUGCUUCAUGUUCCUUUCAGGUGUUACUUCAUGUUCCUUUCAGAUGCUGCUUCAUGUUCCUUUCAGAUGCUGCUUCAUGUUCCUUUCAGAUGCUGCUUCAUGUUCCUUUCAGAUGCUGCUUCAUGUUCCUUUCAGAUGCUGCUUCAUGUUCCUUUCAGAUGCUGCUUCAUGUUCCUUUCAGGUGUUACUUCAUGUUCCUUUCAGAUUCUACUUCAUGUUGAUACCUGAAGUGCCACUGCAGUGUCUCAGCAAGGUGACAGUUAGCUUGGAUACAGAGUUUAUUCCUGACAGUCACUCUAUUUGGUUUCUCUUAUGUUCUGUUCUGUUCUCUCUGUCUGUGGUUCUAAUGUUCUGUUCUCUCUGUCUGUGGUUCUAAUGUUCUGUUCUUUGUGGUUCUAGGAAUGGACUAAGUUUUCAUGUUCUGUUCUCUCUGUCUGUGGUUCUAGGGAUGGACUAAGUUUUCAUGUUCUGUUCUCUCUGUCUGUGGUUCUAGGGAUGGACUAAGUUUUCAUGUUCUGUUCUCUCUGUCUGUGG